UUGCUGCGGCCCACGGGCGAGGCGAUGCCGACGCGGGACGGGCGGCGGCUGCUGGAGGCGCUGAGCCUGGAGCCGCCCGCGGCCAGGGUGAUGGUGUCCUGCGCCUGCAGCCUCCGCGCCGAGACGGGGGACGGCGCAAAGAGCUUCGUGGUGCUGCUGGCGGCCGUGCUGGACGGGCUGCGAGCUGCGGGCGGCGGAGCCGGGCUGCGGCGGGCGCUGCGCGAGUUUGAGGUGCAGGUGCUGGAGCGGGCGGCGAUGCGGGGGCUGCGGCGGCACCUGCGGCUGGCACCGGCCGGGCUGCUGGAGGCGCUGCUGGAGCCGUACUUGGCCGGCCGGCUGGGCCCCGGCGAGCGGCGGCGCCUGGCGCGGCUGUGCGCCGAGAUGUGCCGCCGCUGCGAUCCGGCCGCCGCCGCCCGCCCGCAGGUGCUGCGGCUCCUCGGCCGCCGCUUCGCGGAGCUGCACGCCGCUGUGCCCGGCCUGCCCCUGGCGAGCUCCAGGGUCCUGCCCGGCAUUGUUCUCCGUAGGGACUUCGCUGCUUACUGUCCGGCGGACGGGGAGCUGCGGGCCCUGCUCGUCUCCGAGCCCCUGCGGCCCGCCCUGACGGCCCCCGGCGUCGAGUUUGUUGUCGACUCCGAGGGUCAGUAUCAGGCUUCCCUGCGCUGGAUCACUAAAAGGACAGAAGCCUUAAUGAAACACUUGCAGAGCAACAACGUUAAGCUGUUACUGUCGAGUUCGAAGCAAGAAGAAGUGGUUAUUUACUAUGCCAAAUUAUAUGGUGUGUCUGUGGUAGAGUGCUUAUCAUCAGAAGAAAUGGCCCUUAUCACUGAAAUCACUGGCGUCUCACCUGAUGCACCUUUCGGUGAUARCAUGGACAGACAAAUUACUGAAACUGCAGUGGUAACGUUUUGCCGGCCCUUGCUGCUUGUCUCCAAGAGAUGUGUCCACAUUGGCUUCACCAGUGUGUGUGCCUUCCAGCCCCAUUGCCUGAUCCUUUGUGGGCCUGUCGAUGGCGUUAAUGAGCAACAUGCUGCUGCUUUACAAGAGGCGUUCACUAUGCUGCAGCAGCUGUUUAAAACAGUUGAUCAGAGGGAGGAAUGGAGAGCGGAAGGUGAAAGUCAGAGUGAAACCUCAGAUGUUUGCACUUGGCAUUCUACUACUCAGAAACAACUGGUAAUAGAAAAUACUUCUUGUGACAGUAACCAGGUUUCUGAAUGUCAGCUGAAAGCAGUUAGUGAUGAAACAGAGACAAAAAUCUUCGACCCUGAUAAAAGUGAUUUGCUGGUGCACAAUCGAAAGAACCACAGCACCACUGUGUUAGUGGUACGCAACACUGAUACAGUCACUACCUGUGAGUGCCUGGAUGUUGGCMAAGGUGUGGAGAAAACAUGUUGCCAUGUAGUUCCAUUUAAACAGGAGGAGAGUUGUGCAGGUAUUGCACAGGAUUACUCCAACGCUCUGAUAGAAGCAGGAUCAGUUUUGCCAGUWGGAGGUUACUUUGAAAUCCUGUUACAUUAUUAUAUUCAGGACUAUGCAAAACAGUGUCAGCAGUCAGAGGUAACUGUUAUAUGUAAUGUGGUUGCUGAUGCUUUGCUGAGUAUUCCCAAGGCCUUGUACAGGACAACAAAACGAGACAGCUUUACUAAUUUCUAUCUUGAAGCCAUUAAUUCACUCCAAAGAAAUCAGCCGCUGCCUGUAAAUGACAAAGGCUUAGAGUCAGUGUAUUGCAAAUACCAGUUAGUCAUUUCAGUUCUUCAUUGUGUUACASAGCUUCUAUCCAUAGACUUAAUAAUUGGUAUUAGGCGGCCACUCCAAAAAAUUGAGGAUCGUGACUCAGAAGAUGACUUUUGAAAUCAUUAAUAAAGAAUGGUUUUGUAUGUG